AUGAAGCCUGAUGCCAAGCCCAUGGUGAGGGGGACCUGGGGGAGGCGGCAGGGAGGACAGAGCAGCCACUGUGCGGACUGGAACGGGGGCCAGAGGGCUUUGCCCUUCUCCUCCCUCCCACCGCGCUCGCAGGGGAGCAGGGCCCCGAGGCCGGAUAACGACCCCACCAGCCUGCCCCGCCUCCCCUUGCCCGCUGGCUUGCUAAUCCACCGCGCCCCCGCCCGGCCCCGCGACUCCGGGGCUCCGGCCUGGCGGGCUUUCUCACCACGGACCCCGCCACAGCCAGGUCUUCCCUUCCUCGUAAGCCUGUUUCCCACCAGACUCCAAAGUUUAGGGCGGCUUUUCAGGUCUGGUGUAAGUGCCGUCCCGAGCGCCUCCGCAGCCACCCCCUUCGAGGCUGCGAUCUCCGGGAGCACCGCCCGCUUCCCGCGUCUCGAGGCGCCAAUACCCAGCUUCUUGGCGCGCGUCGCUGAGUCACCUUCCCGGAACGCGUUCGGGACGCUCUGCACAGCCGGGGCUGCCCGGGGCCGCGCAGGGCGCAGGCGCACUGCACUUCCACGCGGCCGAGCCGGCCCGGGGCCCCGCGCGUCCCUGCGGGCGCCUCCCCGGACCCGGGACCCUCGGGUAUUGGGGAACAAGGUCGAGCCGCCUGGGUCCUCCGGAAGAGAAGAUAGCGCGAAGGCGCGCCUGUGUUACGGGCGCCACCCGGACCUGCCUCUUCCUGACUUUUAGGGGGCGGUAAGAAGACAGGUGUGUGGGGUCGUACGGCUGUA